AUGGCACCAACGCAACAGAGAAGCCUUUGGGCGACCCUCACGGCAGUCCUCGUCUUCCUGAUGCAGGCAACCCCGACCUCUGGUGCCGGCUUUACAUGGUACGUUAAGGCCAGUUCCGCAAUAGCUGGUAUUGCCUGGAUGGUGUGCGGAUACUUCCUCCCUGCCAGUGCCGGCACUGGAUGCAUUGCAGCCGCCCUGCUAGUCGGCAUCAAUGCAGUUGUCCAGGCACAUGGCGGAAGCGGCCAAACAGGCGCUAUGAUUCCUGCCAAACGAGACGAGGGUUCGAUUGCCUUCAACCAUAUCACCCACGAGGGCGUUGUCCACAACUUCAUCAAUACUACUGCGUUAACGCAUGACUGGCACUUCGUCCACGCCGUCAACCAACCCGUCAACCUGACGGUCAGAAGGCUGUCUGACGGUCGGAUUCAUGCCCGCACCCAAGGAUUCUCUAAUAUGCCCUGCACCGAUAAUUGUCCUUCCGAGGAUCUCGCCGCGAAGGUAUUGGAGUCGAGAGCUACAACUUCUCAUGUGCAAGAAAUCGACUUCUCAUGGACCGAGCCGAGUGGAUACGGAACGAAGACGCAGACGGGCUUAGCGGGCGCAGCUUCGGGAGCAGCACAGUUUGUGGCUAGCCAGCCAAGUGGAACUUUCAGUUUCUGCUCGGAUGCAUAUAGUGUGGAUGGGCUGGACGCUGUCGUUGGAUUCAAUUUCUACGGAGAUAACUAUGCGACGGACUUUCCCCGCCUUGUGAUUAGGUGGUAG